AUGGCGGAACAAUUCUUCCCCCAUGGGUCGGCCCACACUAGUUUCCGGGACCCCCAGAUGCCUCAAUACAGCCAACCCAAUUCAUAUCCUGCGUUCCCUAUAUUGCUCGGCUCCGGUCAUGUCCCUGAUACUCUACUUUAUUGGAACAACGAUAACAACCUUCAGACUGGGGUAGCGCCCAUUGCUCGCCCGACGUUUGCGUCGCUACAACAACACCAAACCCAGCCACAACCGCAAUCACAACCACAGCUACAACAGCAGCAACUCACUGCGGAACAACGAAAACAUAAACGGACACGGAGUGGAUGUCUCACAUGUCGCAGUCGUCGAGUCAAGUGCGAUGAGGGUCGGCCGGUAUGCGAUAGAUGCAAAAAGGGUAAUCGAUCCUGUGAAUAUGCUCAGUCCAACGCAAAAUCAACAAGCAGUCGCAGAUCAACCCGAAGACAAUCCUCACAUGAAAGUAUAUCCUCAGAUGAAGACCAUGCAGAACAAGGCGGAAGUCUGGAUGUGAUUCCGGAUGAAGAUGAGACUGCAGGGCUGCCCAGCAGCCUGCCUUCCGUGAGGAUGGCAUUUGAUUCGGGGUCGGCCAGAAGAAUGCGAGCGCACUCCCCAAGUAAUAACCGUCCUCGACCAAGAAAUUCCUCCGAAACGUCUUCUGCCAGCAAAUCAAAAUCUUUAUCACCGGCCUCUGAUUGGGUGUCGUCCUCUCAAUCGUCGACUUCUUCGGCGACCUAUCAACAGCAACGGGGUCGGUUCGUGCAACGACCGGCGCGCAAUUUACCAGAUAUUUUCAAGAUCAAAAGGCUCAAGGAGCAUGUAAAAUUCUUCUUGAACUAUCACCAGGAAAGGAUCAACCACCACCACUAUUUCAUGAAUCUCGCAAGCGACUUGUUUUUUCGAGGCACGCUAAUAGACAUGGCCCUUGAGUACGAGCCGUUGUUAUAUGCAGUGGUGGGCUUCGCUGCGUAUCAUCAUACUUUGGAACAACCUCGGGGAAAACUCAACAACUUUCUCAAAUACUACAACCAAUCGAUUCAAUUACUUCGGAAAUCUCUUGCGUCUGGAGAAAAGCACAACGAGGCUACGUUGGCUACCAUUCUACAACUGUCAACGUUUGAGGAAACAAUUGGAGAUUUUAUGAACCUUGGAGAUCACCACCAAGCGGCCGAUCAAUUGAUGCACGAGCUACUUACUCCACAGACAAUUACAGAAAAUGCAAUCCAUCGAUUCCUGUUCGUUUGGCAUUCCCGGUUUGACCUCGUUGCAUGCAUUCUCGCCUCGAACGAGGCCAUCCUGGAGCGUGAAUGGUAUACUUCAAUGGAGCAGCAUGAUACUGCUCUAGCGGCGCGAAAUCUAGACGACCCAAUCAUGCAACUGAAUGCAAUGACAUCAAGACUGCGACUUUUCGCCUUGGAAUACGCAUCUCUUUUCGCAAGAUUUGCGAGCGGAGUCAUCAAUCCCGAACAGUUUCAAAUACGCUACGAUUACCUCAACGAGGUCAUCGACGAUCUCCACCAAGCCCUAAAAGCAUACGACGACUGCGAAGAAAUCACCAUGCCGGGUCCCGCUGUACCCUUGCAAGGACCCGAGGAUAUCCUGGACACUGACAUGACAUGCCGUUUCUACCGCGACUCGAAAUUUUUCAUGAACUUCCUCUGGCCUGAUAUACUCGCCACAGUCCUCAUGUUCAAAUACCAGUCUCAUCUAAUGACCGGCCACCCCGAUGGGUCCGAGCUACAGAGUAUAGCGCUACGCAUUUGCCACCAUGCCGAAUCCCUUGCGCGAUGGCCCGAAGUGGAAGUUGGCAUAACUAUAGGAGGGCACAACUGGCUGGCCCUGACGACCAUGUUUCUACCCCGAGAUGAUAAGCAUAUGCAAUGGAGUAGACGAAUGUUUGCCCGGAUGGAAAUCAGCGGAUACGUCUACGCCCCCAUUGCCCGCCGCGCUCUGGCAGAACUAUGGAACGACCCCAGCGUCGAAGAAUGGUGGGAUCCCACCGACGAAGGAUGCCCCAACAUCAUCAAAGAAAUACGCAAAUUGACGGAAGAGCGAACAACCAGUCCCCGCGACCAUUAUCGUGAGGAAUUGAGAGAUCUCAAGUCGUUGUUUGGGAAUAUGAAUUUGAGUCAGGCGGGUUCGCCGGAUUCUCUGCCUAGUAGUACGAGUACGUAG